AUGGGCAACAGGAAUAAGAUUGAUUUCUGGUCAGAUUUUUGGAUAGAAAAAACCUCCCUAAAAAUCUCUUUUCCAAGAAUCUAUAGUAUAGCAGUUAAAAAAUGCGGAAAGAUCAAGGAUUUUGGAUGUUGGAUUCAGGGUAGAUGGGCUUGGAGAAUUGAUCUCAGAAGAAGAUUAUUCGAAUGGGAAAUUCCAUUAUGGAAUGAGUUUAGACUUGUUCUGAAUAGAGCGGUUAGUGUGCAUCAAUGUCCUGACUCAGUAAUUUGGUCUGGAACACAGGAUGGUCAAUAUAUUCCUAAAGCAUUCUGUUCUAUAGUGGCUUCCCAAGGCACUUUGGCUGAUCCAGUUUGGGGACUGGUUUGGUAUAAAUUUGUUCCGCCUAAAGUUUCCGCCUUUGUGUGGAGAGCAGUGCACCUUAGACUGCCGGUUAUGCUUGAGCUGGUGAAAAGAGGUAUUAUUUGUAAUGAUCGGUGUUUGUGUUUGUUUUGCAAUCUUGAGCCGGAAGCGGUUAACCACGUUCUUUGUCUUUACGCUGUUGUGUGGAGAGCUUGGCAACGAUGGUGCAGUGUGUGGAAUGUUAACUUAGUGUUUCCUAUGAAUGUCAAGCAAUUGUUAGAGGUCUGGUUUGCUCAGAAAAUUAGGCAAAGAGUGAGGGGGAUUUGGCGCAUCGGGAUUUUUGGUUUCAUUUGGAUAAUUUGGAUUCAUAGAAACAAAUCUAGAUUUAAAGGCUACUCGUAUUCGGCUGACCAAAUCUUCAAUCACGCGUUGCUGUAG